UAAGAGAGGAGGACUGAGCUCCGCUUUGCAGAAAGGCGGUAACUGGCCAGCUUCCUUGGAUUUCCAUGCAGAAUCAGGCUCGUUUUAACUAAAAAUGGAAACACUGGAGUCAGAAUUGACCUGCCCAAUCUGCCUGGAGUUGUUUGAAGACCCUCUCUUGCUGCCGUGCGCUCACAGCCUCUGCUUCAGUUGCGCCCAUCGUAUCCUGGUGUCCAGCUGCUCCUCCAGCGAGUCCAUCGAGCCCAUCGCCGCCUUCCAGUGCCCCACGUGCCGCUAUGUCAUCUCCCUCAACCACCGCGGCCUGGAGGGCCUCAAGCGCAACGUGACCCUGCAGAACAUCAUUGACCGCUUCCAGAAGGCAUCCCUGAGCGGCCCCAACUCCCCCAACGAGAGCCGACGGGAGCGGCCGUACCGCCAGAGCCCGACCAUGGCCGGUGAACGGAUCGCCUGCCAGUUCUGCGAGCAGGACCCACCCCGGGACGCGGUGAAGACGUGCAUCACCUGCGAGGUGUCCUACUGCGACCGCUGCCUCCGGGCCACGCACCCCAACAAGAAGCCGUUCACCAGCCACCGGCUGGUGGAGCCCGUGCCCGACGCGCACUUCCGCGGACUCACUUGCCUGGAGCACGAGAACGAGAAAGUGAACAUGUACUGUGUGGCCGACGACCAACUCAUUUGUGCCUUAUGCAAACUGGUGGGCCGCCACCGGGACCACCAAGUGGCAUCGCUCAGCGACCGGUUUGAGAAGCUCAAGCAAACCCUGGAGACGAAUCUCACCAACCUGGUUAAACGUAACAGCGAGCUGGAAAAUCAGAUGGCCAAGCUGAUACAGAUCUGCCAGCAAGUGGAGGUGAAUACAGCCAUGCACGAGGCCAAGCUGAUGGAGGAGUGCGAUGAGCUCAUGGAGAUCAUCCGCCAGCGCAAGCAAGUCAUCGCUGUCAAGAUUAAAGAGACGAAGGUGAUGAAGCUGAGGAAAUUGGCCCAGCAAGUCGCUAACUGCCGACAGUGUCUGGAGCGCUCCACAGUCCUCAUAAAUCAGGCCGAGCAUAUCCUGAAGGAGAACGACCACGCGCGAUUCCUGCAGACAGCCAGGAACGUGGCCGAGAGGGUCGCCAUGGCAACUGCAUCCUCGCAAGUUCUGAUACCCGAUAUCAAUUUUAAUGAUGCCUUUGAAAACUUUGCGUUAGAUUUUUCCAGAGAGAAGAAGCUGCUGGAGGGGCUGGAUUACCUCACGGCACCUAACCCUCCGUCCGUGCGCGAGGAGCUUUGCACCGCCUCCCAUGACACAAUUACGGUUCACUGGAUAUCGGAGGAUGAGUUCAGUGUCAGCUCCUACGAGCUCCAGUACACCAUCUUCACUGGCCAAGCCAACUUCAUCAGUCUCUACAACUCCAUGGACAGCUGGAUGAUCGUUCCCAACAUCAAGCAGAACCACUACACGGUGCACGGGCUCCAGAGCGGCACGCGCUACAUCUUCCUCGUGAAGGCCAUCAACCAAGCCGGCAGCCGCAACAGCGAGCCCGCCAGGCUCAAGACCAACAGUCAGCCGUUCAAGCUAGACCCUAAGAUGGCUCACAAGAAGUUGAAGAUCUCCAAUGACGGGCUGCAGAUGGAAAAGGAUGAGAGCUCCUUGAAGAAGAGCCACACACCCGAGAGGUUCAGCGGGACGGGGUGCUACGGAGCUGCAGGCAACGUGUUCCUCGACAGUGGCUGCCACUACUGGGAGGUGGUGGUAGGAUCCUCAACCUGGUACGCCAUUGGUGUCGCCUACAAGUCAGCCCCCAAGAACGAGUGGAUUGGAAAGAACUCCUCAUCCUGGGUCUUCUCCCGCUGCAACAACAACUUUGUGGUGAGGCACAACAACAAGGAGAUGCUGGUGGAGGUCCACCCACAGAUGAAGCGUCUCGGCGUCCUCUUGGAUUACGACAACAACGCGCUGUCCUUCUAUGACCCAGCCAACUCCCUCCACCUCCACACAUUUGAAGUUUCCUUCAUCCUACCAGUGUGUCCAACGUUCACCAUCUGGAACAAAUCUUUGAUGAUCCUCUCGGGUCUACCUGCUCCAGACUUCAUAGACUACCCAGAACAGCAGGAGUGUAACUGCAGGCCGCAGGAGUCCCCGUAUGUCUCAGGGAUGAAAGCCUGUCACUAGGCUGGGGCCAGCCCUUCCCGUGUCCCGCAGCCCGGCACUGGGUUGCUGAUGGAUGCUCAUGGUUGGCGCCCAGAUGGUUCCAGACAGCGAGGCUGGAGAGCAGCCCAGCAGCCGGCUCGGUAAUGCUCAUGCAAGCAAGCACCCUCCCACACGAAGCUCUUCUCUUUCUUUUUUAGGGGGAGAAAGAAUCUCUAACCACGGGUGAAUAUGAACUCAUGUUGACGAGCUCCCUUUCUGUGAGAGUGAGUCUUGUGAAACUCCCAGUGCGGUGUGAGCGAACCCUCCCCCUGAAGCAGAUUGCCAUGUGGAUUGUUUUGCUUUCAUUUUGGGGAUUCAAGGGCCGAACUGGGUUUUUGGGUGACCUUCGCAGGCGCUGGCGUGGUCAGAGGGCUUGUCUCUCCAAGAGAUGCAGGUGGAGCAGAAGGGACCAGUUUCCUUGAGCCCUUUCCUGGCCAUCUCAAGCGUCAAGUGGGACCUAAGCACCAUUUCGGGUGAGAAUUUUCUGUUUGGCAGCUUCUCUAAAACUUCACUAGUGUCCAGUGUCUUGCAGAAGAAAAGCACAUAUCCCUGCACUGAGUGGCCAGGAAAGUCAUGCCCACAGAUGGUUUCCACGGUUUAUCACCCACAGCCAAGCUUCUGCCUCUGCACUUACUGAUCUCAGCUUGAGCUGGCAUGGGACAUGAAUGAAGGGGGUCAUGAGGUUGGAGAGGGCACAUGCUAAUGCCAGGGCUAUGCAAAGGGCAUCGGUUUGCACAUUGUGGGAAGCUCCUGGGAACAAAAGUCCAGCGUAGAUGUCUGCASACAUGAGCUUUGGUGUGACUUGGUGCAGGCAGCUCAAUGUCCCCAGGAGCUGGAGUCUAAAGCGAGUGCAGUGGCCAUGGAAAGACCUUGAGAUGUGUCACUGCUCUGCGCCCUGGGCCCAUGUUAGCAUUGGUCCAUGAGCUAUGACACCUACUGUUGUCCUAUGGAUAACGUUCUAGGGGAAGUAUUUGAAACUGCUGCUCAUCCUCAACCCUCUCCCGCUASAGAAGUCCCAAGCUGUUGGCACAGCCAGGACCUAGAUGGGCAGAGCUGGCAUUUUCCAUGCACUGCUGGACGAAGGUGCCUCCAUGGCAUGGCAGGAGGACAGUGGCCUGACCUUCAUCCCGCAGCCACUACGGCUGGUGGRUGGGACCUGUUGCUUUAGGUACAAUUAAUUUCUAAGAUGACAAAUUGCCAUUUCUGUUUGCCUGUUUUGUUUCAAAGAUGUGUGAGGCUGCCACUAAAUUGUUUUCCCCUUGUGUUGGGCCCRUAAGGGGCUGCUUGCAAUGCCUCGACCUCAAAGAAAUGCCCAAGCACUGGAGAUGGAUUUUAGCAUUUGCAAUGUGGGUGCCAAGCUUUCUGCCUGCCCUGGCACCGCUUUGCCUGGCUUCUUGCUAGAGGACUGAGCGUACCCAUUAACUCAGAGCACACGAGCCAUUAAUGUGACAUUUGCACCUGAUGAAAUUGCACUAAUUGCAGUGGGAUCCCUGUAGCCGCCACAUCUGUCUCAUACCCAUGUCAGGCAGGAAAGGGGGUUAGGGGGUUUCUCAUGCUUUUCCAAAGGCCAAACCUGCCCCAGCACUAUCCAGGUGGGAUGAGCGGCCCCCUCUCUUGCUCAUGUCAAUGGGAACAGAUCCCUUUGAGACCCAACUCAGCCCAUGAGCGAGCAAUCCCAUUGGUUAAAACUGCCCAGCAUUUGAUGACACAGCAACCGUUUCAGCCAAUCAGAACCCCCCCCCAGGGAUCAUGAAUGAACCUUUCCCACAGGCCAAUCAGAGCUCCCCCAAGGCUCAUGAAUUAACCUUUCCCACUGUCCGGGGUUUCGGCCAAUCAGAGCCCCCCCAGGGCUCAUGAAUGAACCUYUCCCAGAGUCUGAGGUUUCGRCCAAUCAGARCCCCCCCAGGGCUCAUGAAUGAAUCUUUCCCACAAUCUGGCCCGCAGGGA